CUCGGACAGUUUAUCAUACCGGCACUGGAAAUGAAAGGACUACCCUAUCGAAAGGGACAAAAAGGGAAGUUGCCGCUAGGAUGGCACCGCCCAUAUUCAGCCACAGCGGGGGGGGGGCACAGCAUACCCCUCACUACUGGUAUUAUAUUGUGUCGGCGGCUUACGGUACGGUAGUGUUAUCAUAACAAAAUAAACAAAAACAAUCCCGCAAGCUUCUGCUAGUAUUGGUAUCCCUAUUUAAGCUCCUCCGCUGGCAUUCGAAAUCUUUUCAUGUAGACAUUCGUAAAGUUCUUGCGCGCACCAUUUGUUAUCGGCUCGGGGAUGUCUUUUUGUUGUUGGGGUUGCAGUAUUUAAAGGGGCGGCGGAGUGACCUUCUGGGAUUGGAAUAUGAACGACAACGGGAACAAGGUGAAGGCGAGAGCAAGAAAGCAGGACAGGAAGCAAGACUAAGCAUAGCUAGAGAUCAGAUCCCUUCUUCACCUUGGUGAGCGAUGAUGAUUUUUUAUUCCUUCCUUUUGAUCUCAUUCGUUCCUUUCUCACAGUUUCUGGGCAUCGAGCUCUUUACUGGAUAGAAUGCACCCCAUCGCCGACAACCCACAAAAGAAGGCCUGAACCACGAACACGAACCGGCAGUACCGCACAUCUAUCGGAUUAGUACUGUUUUGGAAAGCCGAUUGAAAACGGCAGGAGUGCGCCAACUUGACACCAGCUAUCCCCUACAGUCCUCAACGGGGGCAAUGACGAAAAGCGGCAGGCAGCGAAGAGGGGUAUUUGGUAGGCAACAAGGUGAUCCCGUAAAAGCACUGGUACUUGUAUCAUGCUGUAUGAUAAGAUAGCAAAAAUACUCGUUGCUACCGUAAUCAUCGCCUGCCGGUUUUUGUCAUGCUCUUGUCCCUGUUGGAGACUGUACUCGUAUUGGUAUUAUACGAGUACGGCACGAGGACUUGUGCGGUAGCACCCUACCGGUAUUCCUAAAACGGGGAAUUUCGGUACGGCAUGAUAUCGGCCCUGGUCUCAAUAUCGCACCUGUUCGUUCUAGGUUGGGUUAGCUUGGCGGCAACUCAGACCGUCUGCCGUUCGGGAGCGUCCCACCACACCCUAUCCGUCGUCAGGACAGGAAGCACACUUCAAGUCAGUCCCAAAACCAGAUAAUAGCGCAGAAGGUCGUCAUAUCAUCAAGCUUGCCGAGCUCCGAGUUUCAUUUUGAGCACCUGAACACAAAUCUCUUGUCUUGACUCACCCCGGGAACAAGCGGCCGGCCGCAACGGCACCGCCAUUCCAUCUACCAGCAUCACAAGUAAACCCCUUGGUUUACCAAUCCAACCCAAGACGUGUGGGUUCCUAGCCAUAGGGAUGCGGGGAUCACGUCUUGUCGGUAAAAAGAGGUGAGGUGGGAUAGGAUGUCGGAUAAGGAAGUAAGGGAGAAAACCUUCCCGGGGAGACAGGGCUGUGCGCGGGACCCGCGCCCCCACAAUGCAUCUAAUGAGGGGGUUUUUAACUCGAUACGGAUUUUGUGGGGUAUCUUAUCAAAUUUGUAGGAUUGUGUGAUUGUAGUGGAUUGUGGAGGAUCCUGUGUUCGUAUCGCGGUAGACGCUGGGAGAAGAGAGGGGGUAUAAUAAGCUACAGUCCCACAAUUUCCCCCUCUUUAGUCUUGUUUCUGAGAUCAAAUUUGGUUGGUGAUUUACACCGUCACUAUAGCUGCACUGAACGAAGUGAAGAGAAGGAAAAAUUAUGGCCACAACAAUCGUCACGAUCCCGCCCCCGGCAGCCGCAAUUGAGCUUGAUAACUGCCGGAUUAGUGCGGGGUCAAACAUCCCACCGAGAGACAUACGCUCCCACCCGCUCUGCGCCGGCGAUGAGGAGAACUCGGCAUUGGACGGGCAACCACCGGAGGGCAUGAUGAUCUUCGAGCGACCGAACGUAUCAACAGUGAAGGGGAAGCUGCUGGGCACGAAUUUCUCCGUGUUCGUUUCUGGAAUGAACGAUAGUAGCACGGGUGCCUUGAUACCGUACUUGCAACCGGGGUAUAAUAUUGGGCUUUUGUUUGUUGCACUUGUGUACUUCUCCCCUCCCUACCCCUCUCCAACUUGCUCCUAGAAUAGUUACCAAGAAAUUGCGUGAAUGGCAGCUACCUAAUAAACUUCUCGGGAUGGCUCGUCGCCGCAUUCACGAACGUACACUUGACCGCCCGCCUGGGCAUGGGCGGCGCCCUGACCCUCGGCGCAGCGUUCCAGCUUUCGGCAUACUGCCUAAUGUUUUGGAAACCCCCAUAUCCACUCUUUGUAUUUUCAUUCUUCCUCUCGGGCUUAGGAAUAGCCUACCAAGAUGCGCAGGCAAACGUGUUCGUAGCAAACGUGAACAACUCCCACAGAUGGCUAGGCAUCCUACAUGCCGUAUACGGCGCGGGAGCCCUACUCGGCCCAUUGGUCGCUACAACUAUCGCAGCGAGGACCACGCAUUGGCAUUACUUCUAUUUGGUCACGUUGGGGUUUGCCGCUAUCAAUUUGGUAUUGCAGGCGUGGACGUUUCGGGAUGGGCUGUUUAAGGGAGCUGCGGCUGCAAAGGAGAGUGCUAAUCGAGAUCUUAAGAAGGCGCUUUCCGAGAGGACGGUCAUUGUGCUUAGUCUGUUUUUUUUCUUGUAUGUUGGCACGGAGGUUACUACUGGAGGUAUUCCCCCUCACCUCAUUUCUUGGGAUUGAGAUUUGCCGCAGGUAAAGGUUAACUGAUGCUUAGGUUGGGUUGUGGAGUUCCUCAUCCGGGUGCGGGAUGGUGAGCCCUCGAAAGCCGGAUAUGUGGCAUCAGGCUUUUGGGCUGGUCUUACCGUGGGAAGACUUGCCCUCGCGGACGUUACCCAUAGGCUUGGUGAGCGCAGGAUGGUUUUUAUAUAUAUCAUGCUUGCUCUCAUUGCGCAGUUGAUAUUCUGGUUUGUGCCAAACAUAAUUGCGAAUGCGGUUAUGAUUUCGCUCUUGGGAUUCUUUCUUGGGCCUUUUUUUCCUACCGUAUUACCCCACCUCGCAUUCCCCCGCACCCCUUCCGUUCCACUAAUGAGAAUAGGGUAUCUCCGUGGCGACCAAGGUUCUUCCUAGAGGAUUACAUGUUGCAUCAAUUGGUUAGCCUUUAUGACCCUCCCUUAGCUUUCUGCCCCCCCAUUGAUUGUUGACCUUCCUCCAGGGUUCGCAGCGACAAUGGGACAGGCCGGAUCUGCCGCCUUUCCGUUCUUGACCGGGGCCAUUGCUGCGAAUUUCGGUGUUAAGGUUCUCCAGCCUAUACUUGUGGGGUUACUGGCUGGGAUGGCGAUAUUCUGGGCACUUAUUCCGCGUGUUGCGAGACAUUCUUCGUGAAGAGCUUUGAGGAUCGAGUCACAUAUGAUACCGGCAUAGGUCGGUAGGACUAUUCGUAGUUAUAUACCUGUUCAUUUACCUGUAAAAACCGAAAUAAUUUGGAAUCUCGCUGUGACGUUGGAGUGCUGGCGUCGCCUCUCUUACCG